CUGAUGGAAAACAGGACAGAGGUGACAGAGUUCAUCCUCCUUGGACUAACCAAUUCCCCAGAACUGCAGGUCCCUCUCUUUGUCUUAAUCACUCUCAUCUACUCCAUGACUGUGGUUGGAAACCUGGGGAUGACUGUGCUUAUUCUCUGGGACUCUCGGCUCCACACUCCCAUGUACUUUUUCCUCAGUAACCUGUCUCUUGUGGACUUUGCCUACUCCUCAGUUGUCAGUUCCACAGUCAUGGCUGGGCUCCUUAUAGGAGAAAUGCUUAUCUCCUACAAUGCGUGUGCUGCUCAGAUGUUCUUUUUCACAACAUUUGCCACAGUGGAAAAUUACCUCUUAGCUGCAAUGGCCUACGAUCGCUAUGCAGCAGUGUGUAAACCUUUGCAUUAUGCCACCACCAUGACUCCAACUGUGUGUGCAUGUCUGAUCAUGGGCUGUCAUGCCAGUGGUUUCCUGAAUGCUGCCAUCCUCACUGGUGAAACAUUCAGUCUCUCUUUCUGUGCAUCCAAUGUGGUCCAUCACUUUUUCUGUGAUAUCCCAGUAGUCAUGGCUCUGUCUUGCUCUGAUAGACAUGUUAAUGAGCUGUUUCUUGUUUAUGUAUCCACUUUCAAUGUCUUUUUUGCCAUUGUAGUAAUUUCAACGUCGUACCUAUUGGUAUUCAUCACUAUUCUAAAGAUGCGCUCAGCAACAGGCUACCAGAAAGCUUUGUCCACCUGUGGGUCCCACAUCACUGCAGUCUCCAUUUUCUAUGGGACUGUUAUGUUCAUGUACCUACAGCCUGGCUCCAGUCACUCCAUGGACACUGAUAAAAUUGCAUCUGUGGUCUACACCAUGGUCAUCCCCAUGCUGAAUCCUCUGGUUUACAGCCUCAGGAACAAGGAGGUUAAAAGUGCAUUCAAAAAGUUUAUUUUGGGUUUGAAAUCAUCUUUAAGAUUUUAA